UGCCAGCAGUCGACUCGCAGCCUGGCUUUCUAACUGGCGGAGAGCGGUGGUGCUUUUUCGUCUUGUUCUCGCCCUCGUCUCUCUCUCUCUCUCUCUCUCUCUCUAUCUAUCUUUCUCUAUUUCUAUCUAUCUCUCUUUUUCUCUCUCUCUCUUUCUUUCUCCUCUCUUUCUCCUCUCCGUUUCUCUUUCAUCCCCGGGUCGUGAUUUUCGUCCUCGCUCGCUGUCUCUUCGUUUUUACUCCCCCGGAGUCACGCAGUUUCACGCUUCGCGUUAUGAUGCGCUGAUGAUCUACGCGCUGCUAUCAGCAGCAGCGGCGGCGGCGGCGGCGAAAGUGCACGAACCGAAAACAACCGCACCACCACGCUGAUGAGCGGUUCAUGAGAAUCAAUUCCCCCGAGCCGGGCAUCCUCCCGACCAGAUCCUUCGGAUCUUCUGAUGUGCGUCAGUGCGCGACUCCAAGAGGCGGAAGAAACUGUGCCAGGCGACGUGGUCGAUAUGUCGAGGACAAUGACAACGAUGUAAGAUCCGGAAGAUUCGCUUUGCGGCAAAACAACGAUCUAUGCCGAGGGUUCUCCGCACCUGACCUGAAAUGAGAGAGAGAGAGGAUGGCAUACUCGAGGAGAUACGUAUGGAGGAUAACAAGUCGGUGAUUUCGGUGUGAUCGGCAACGAGGACUCUCCUCCAAUUCUCCGCGGAUUGUCGGAGAAACCCGUCGUAGAAAUUUGUAAGGAGCGCGAGAUUAUGUUGUGGUAAAGGUAAUAUUCGGCGGGAGAGGCAAAUGGAGAUAAGAGGAGAAAAAGCGGAGGUAUUUUGACAGCCUCGGCACUUAUCCCGGGAAUGCCUCGAACGCUCGUGUCGGUACUCUUCGGUAGCUGGGGCUGGGGAUUUUUCGCCAUAUUCCUUCUGCUACUGGCCACCCCCAGUCCCGCUGCCAUUCGCAGAGCGGACCGAGGCCACUGCAACAAAACAGUGGACAUUUACGAGGAUGUAUCGAGCCCGGCGGUGACCCAGUCGAAUAAGGGUAAGCCCCUCUCGUGUUGGUACCGCUUCCGUGCCUUCCGCGGGACUCCCCGGGACUGGAUUCUGCGGGUGCGUUUCAAGAAGUUCAAAGUCGGGGUGUUGGAGAACGCCACAACCUGCAGCGGCGGUUAUUUGCAGAUUAUAGACGGCAACACGAAGACCGAGGUGAGCAAUCGCAAGGACCCGGGCGUUUAUUGCGGCGAGUCCGAGCAGCCGCAGACCUUCAUCAGCGAGACCAGUUUUGUGCGAGUGAUUUUUCACGCGGACAACUUCACCGAUCAGACGUAUUUCAGCUUCGAUUCGCGCGCCGAGCAGCAAUACGAGGUCUAUCUCAGAUACGGUCAGCAUCCGGAGCUUUAUCCAAAUCGCCGGGGCGAGAUCGUGCCCGGUAGCUACUGCGAGCGCGUGUUCAAGGACUGCCGCUUGCAAACAUGCUACGUGCAGAGCCCGGCGUAUCCCGGUAUUUAUCCGCGCGCGUUGCACUGCAAAUACCGUCUGAACACUCGGCUGCCCUUCAUCAAGCUCUACAUCGAAAACGAGGAGUUCAAUAUUGACGGCCAGCGAUGCGAGAACAUCAUGACGUGCCCGAUGCGUCCGAUCAGUUCCGGUUCCGAGCACUGCCCGUACGACUACAUACGCGUCUACGACGGCAAAAACGAGAGCAGCCCCGUGAUAGGCACGUUCUGCGGUAUGGGCAAAUUUCCGUACAGCAUCAUCGGCACCAGUGAAGAUCUGUACGUCGAAUUUGUAUCGUCGCCGGCUGGUCCGUUGCUCAACACCGGUUUUCACUUCAACGUGGGCAAUUGGCCGGGUCACGUGGAGACCGCCGGCGUGAAAAACGGCAGCUGCGAUUGGCUGCUGAACAGCGAGUCUCUCGUCAACGGCAACGAGGGCAUUUUCUUGUCGGUGGCGCACUGGUAUCCGCCGCAUACCAGCUGCACUUACCUGCUGCGCGGCCGAGCCGGGGAGAUCGCGCGUCUCUACUUCCCCAGUUUUCGAGUUAACCGCAUCGAGUCGCCGAUACAGCCGUACGACGGCGAUUGCGGCGAGAGUCUGACGCUCUACGACGCCGACUGGCCGGACGACGCCCGAAUCAUCAAGACCUUCUGCGACACGUUCAGCAAGCCGAUGGAGAAACACGACUUCGUGUCGACGUCGAACGCACUAUUCGUACGAUUCGAGAGCAAGACCGGGAGCUACUCCGGCAGCUCGUUGUAUUACUGGGCUCAUUACGACUUUUUCAACGCGACGAGAUUCGGCGAACCCGUGCCCGGCACCGAGUGCGACGAGACCUUCGUCUCGUGGAAGACGCGGUCCGGCAAAUUACGCUCGCCUCUCAACACUCUGGUUUACAAAAGACCGGGCGAUCCGCCCGCCGAUCUCUCCUGCACCUACAGUUUCGUCACGGACAAGCGGUUAUACGCGCGAGUUAUCCUCGUGAUAGAGUCCAUUAAUUUCAAGGAGCAUCCGUACACCCAAUGCGGCCAUUGCCGAGAAAGUCGUGUAGACCGGGUGAUUGUACGAGAACCCAGUCCUGACGGCAUCAAGAGCCACUGCCUAUGUCGGUCCAACAAUAACGGGACUCCCGCGCCUACGACUACGCCACCCGCUCCUCGUCCGCCUGUUCUCAGAGUUGUUUCUCGAGGCGACAGAUUAGACCUGAAACUUCUGGUGGAUGGCGCUCACGCCUCGAGCUACUUCAAGUGGCCCGCGCCGCUCUUUGAGGCAACCUACGAGUUCGCGCACAGUCCUCUUUGCGGACCGGCGCUUCUGCCAGCCGCCACCGACGGCGAGAUCGAGUUCCCGCAUUACGAAGCGCUGGGAUACGUCACGCCGCCCAGAUCGAUCAAGUGCAUCUGGGAGCUGCGGGUGAAUCGCGAGCGCGACCUCUAUCUGCACUUCGACAAGAUCAAGUUUGCGUCGCGUUCCUGCGAGGACGGCAAGCUCGAUAUCUUCCUACCCGGCAACACCGAACCGUAUCUGGGCAUCUGCGGCGAGAAUGUCAGUUACGCCAGGGAGAUACCGAUCAUAUCGGCCGCACAGAUCGCACCGGCUACGGAACACCAGGUGCCAAGUGCAGCCGCCGACGGCAGCGAAGAGUCACCCGCUGUGAUCAUACAGUUUACCGGGACGAUGGCGCCGGCCAGAGCGGCCUUCAAGAUCGCCUGGACCGAGCUCUAUCAUCUUCCUCGCGACAGUUCCGGCGCUCUCAACACCGGCAAACUGGAGGACUGCAGUUUCCAGUGUCCCGGCGACACUGGUUGUAUUCCGGCGAGAUUGUUGUGCAACGGUGUCGUCAAUUGUCCCAGUCGCGGUUUACCCUUGCCGGGUAUCUUGAACGGCACCUUCUACGAGCCGGACGACGAAUCGGUGGAAACGUGCGGCGGACCCGUUAACGGUAAUGGCGGCAGCUUCGCCGGACCCGGUUGGGCCGGCGCCGGCCUGGGUAUCGGUCUGGCUAUUCUUCUGGGUGUGGCGUGCUUUAUCGCCGUUUGCAGGCUCUGUAGAAGACGAUCGCGCCCCAGAGACAUACAUGUGCCCUACUAAAGGGGCCGCGAUCGAUCCUCUGCGAGUUCGUGCACGAUCGCGUCCCGGAGAACACAGAAGUCUAGAGAGUCAAAUAUUCGCGGUCGUUUCUCGAGGAAUCGAGAUUGUUUUAUUUACGCUCAUUUAUACGCGUAACUUUUUGUGCGCGCGCGAUAGAUGCGUGUGAAUAAGAAAAUCCUCGAAAAACGAUCGCGAAUACAAACGCGGUGAGAAAGACGUCCACGUGAUGUUCCAAUCGCUCGGAUGCGUCUUUGCGAGCCGCGAUUAGUCGAAAAAAAAAAAACUUAAAAACAUUUCUUUCUCUGACUAUAUCAUAAGGUAAGGCUAUAAUCCAGAAAAGAAUGUUAAAUCUCCGAGGCUAGCUUGUAUAUUAAGCCUUCGGAAUUGUUUGAUGCUGUCUUAGGUUUCUGUGUUAUUUGGGGACGAGCGGAGAGACGCGAUUAAGAAACAAAAUACAUUCUCUUUAUCUCGAAGCUCUCUCUAGCAAGGUAAGAAAAAAAGCAAAAAGUGCUUUUUUUAAAAAAAAAAAAAAACUUUGAUUUUUAUCAGCGAGCCGUUUUUCAGAUCUAAUAAACGAGUCGAGUGAGUUUGUUCAUAUGAAUCGCGAGAAAUGUGUUGAAUUUUCUUUAUUCUAUCGCGAAUAUCCUAUUGUGUAUUGUUUUAGCGUGACACGUCGAUCGCAUCCACGCAACAUCUCAUCGCGUCAUCAGUCUUCUUCCAUUUCGCGGAACUAAUUAAUGGUCCGUAAUGGUAAUAAUGGAAUUCACAUGAAUUUUUCCGAUCGAAAUCGCAAACGAGACUCUAUCGCCACAAUUUGCCACUGCCGCGUUUCACUGUGUAUUACAAAUCUCAUCAUUUUCUCUCUACACACUGCCAUAGACAUAGAAACCUCACACAAACAUACAUAUAUAUAUAUAUACAUAUACAUAUAUAUAGUCUUCUUGUCUCGAUCGUUCCUAUGACCGUUCGUAAGAAAAAUUGUAGAUUUGUGACGAUCGGAUAUGUUGCAAGCGACAAAACAAUUUUUUUAGCCACAUAGAAAGACAGAGACAAAUUUACGGAAUAAAUAGAAUUAGCGUAAAAAUAAGGUGAAUUAUCGAAACAAGACGGACAUGAUGUGUCAAUAUAUCUACAUUAUAAGAUAAGACAAACAGGAAUCGAUCUUUUUUACAUUCCGCAAUGGGAAUCUGUUGCUAUUUUUAACGUUGCGUUUAAUUAACUUCGUAACGAAACGAACGUUUUAUCUUAAGCUACUCGUGUAUUUUUUAUUAUUUUCACUUGUACAAUAUGCGCUCCUUGUGCGAGUUUGUCGGAAAACAAUCGAGGACAUCUUGCGCACACGGAUGAGAAGUUAGAUUAAGUUUUGAAUUAACAAUUUUUCCAUUAUUUUUUAUACAAAAGAAUUUAUAUAUUUUUAGGAUAAUUGAAUAUAGAAAAUAAUUGUAUAAUAUAUAUUACAUAUCUCAAUUGAUUUGUUACACCUCUCUCAUAUCACAUAUUUUAAUUAUAUAGUUUAUUUAUAUCAAACAACAAAAAAAAAAGGCAAUAUACAUAUAUUGUACAUUGUUGUAGAAAAUUGAAAGCACAAAAGCGAAAGCACGAUUGAAACGCGCGCUUUCAUUUUUCUUUCGUCAGUUUCUUUUCCUCGAACAAACAUACAGAUGCAAAUCAAGUGAGUUUACCGAUCGUCGUAGAUUUCAAUUUCGAGAUAUAAUAAUCUUUAGCGGUUGCUCAAAGUUGUUCUGCUUCGUGAAUUCUCGGGGAGAAAGACUCGCGUCACUCAGAGAGCAGAAUAGAAUAAUAUUAUAAAUUGACGAUGUAAAAUGCGAAGAAAGAACGGCGGGAACGACGGGAAUUGAUGAAA